GAAAGGCCUGAGUGCAUGUCAGAUGGAUGCUCUAAUAAAUCUGUGAUGGAGUCAAUGGAUGAAGCUGAAGGACAACAAGGACAGCUCAACAGGAAGCAGCAGUCCCUGAAAACCUCCCAGAAAACAGCACCACUUGGUUGGGCUGCCCGAUGGAAUGGAUUAAUGGCUGGACACAGCGUGUAUCUGUUUGUCCUCUCACAGAUACUGAUUCUCUGUGUGAUGCUGUGGUACAGCACUUACGGGACCAUCCCAGCAGCUCAGAAUGCCUUUGACCUGCUGUCUUACUUGCUUACUCCACUUAAACAGUUGUUUUCAGAUCAAGGGCAGGACCCGACUAGAAUUGGGAAUGUUGUGGUAUCAUACAUCUUGUUGUCUCUAGCUUCUCUAGGACUGUUAUUUGUCGGAUCUCUGUUUUGCCAUCUACUAAGAGCCAGUCCAGACCCCUCCUUUCCGCUACAAGAGGACAGACGCCAAUCUGUGAGCCGGCAGCCUUCAUUCACGUACUCAGAGUGGACAGAGGAUAAAAAUGAGGAUGACUUCCUAGAUUUGGAUCCUAUACCAGAGACUCCGGUCUUUGACUGCGUAAUGGACAUUAAAGCGGAGACAGAUCCAGCUACUCUAACGGUUAAAUCUGUGGGCUUGCAAGAAAGGAGAGGUUCAAAUGUUUCACUCACACUGGAUAUGUGUACCCCAGGCUGUUCUGAGCAAGGAUUUGGCUAUGUUAUGUCACCACGGGAACAGUCAGCCCGAGAAUACCUCCAGACAGCAUCAAACAUCCUUACUGAAGAGGAACUGCACAAGAAAGCACUGGAUCCUUUCAUACUCCAGGCAGAGUUCUUUGAAAUUCCAAUGAAUUUUGUCGAUCCAAAGGAAUAUGAUAUUCCAGGCCUGGUGCGUAAGAAUCGCUACAAAACAAUUCUCCCAAAUCCUCACAGCAGAGUGUGCCUUACCUCAGCUGAUCAGGACGACCCCCUCAGCUCUUACAUCAAUGCUAACUACAUCAGGGGCUAUGGAGGAGAGGAAAAGGUAUAUAUUGCUACUCAGGGACCGAUAGUUAAUACUGUCAGUGAUUUCUGGAGAAUGGUGUGGCAGGAACGUUCUCCCAUCAUUGUCAUGAUUACCAAUAUAGAAGAGAUGAAUGAGAAAUGCACAGAAUAUUGGCCAGAGGAACAGGUCACCUACGAAGGAAUAGAAAUCACAGUUAACCGAGUCAUACAAGCAGACGAUUACCGUUUAAGGCUCAUCACCCUAAAGAAAGGAGAAGAAGUCAGAAACCUGAAACAUUACUGGUACACAUCUUGGCCAGACCAGAAGACACCAGAUCAAGCCCCACCUCUGUUACAGCUAGUGCUGGAAGUUGAAGAGGCCAUGCAGAGCGCAGAAGAGAAGAAUGCCCCAGUUAUUGUUCACUGCAGUGCAGGCAUCGGGAGGACUGGCUGCUUUAUUGCAACUAGUGUCUGCUGUAAACAGCUGAAGAGCGAGGGCAUAGUUGACAUAUUACGAACAGCCUGCCAGUUACGGUUAGACAGGGGAGGAAUGAUCCAGACUUGUGAACAGUAUCAAUUUGUCCAUCAUGUCAUGAGCUUAUACGGAAAACAGCUUUCUAGAGCAGCAGAAGAAUAA